AUGCCACUCCUGACCUUCACCCUCCUGAUGCUGGGGGCCCCCCUGGCGCUGGCCGGCACAAGCUGCCUGGGGUACCUGGAUGAGAAUGACUCCUGGCAUCCGGGGUUUAGCUGCCAGCCCUUCACCUUCUGCUGUGGGACUUGCCACCGUCGGUUCUGCUGCAGGGACCUGAGCCUGCUCAUCUCUGAGUUUCAGCAGAAGCGCUGCUUGGGGUUCAGCCCCAAGGUCACGGCAGGCGUCGUCUCCGCCGUGAUCCUCUUUGUGGCCGUGGUCGCCACCACCCUCUGCUGCUUCUUCUGCACCUGCCGCUACCUGUCCCGCCGGCGCCGGCAGCUGCAGAGCCCCUUUGCAGGUCAGGAGAUUCCAAUGACAAGCUACCUAGUGCAGCCAGUGUACCCAUACCCCCAGGACCCCAAGGCUGGCCCUGCACCCCCACCACCUGGCUUCAUGUGCCCACCUAGUGGUCCUCCCCAGCAUCCUCUCAACCCGGCUGGGCCCCCUGUCUACAACCCUGCAGCUCCUCCCCCUUAUGUGCCACCACAACCAGCCCACCCGGGACCCUGA